CCGCUGGAGUUCCCGUGGUCACACAAGUGGAUGAAGGAAGCGUUGCAGGCGAAGACGACAAAAUGCAAGUAGGAGACGUGCUGGACGACUUGUACGGCGAGGCACUGAAAGGCCGAAAGCGGGGCACAAUCUCGACGCUUCUGGACCACUUCAAGGGCAUGCCAGUAUACCUCUCCGUCAUCAAGAGCUACCAAUCAGACGGUACCCCGUAUCCUCCUGUAGCACAUCUUCUCAAGAGGCUCCGCAUAUCGCCACCCCAAGAGAAGAAGCCAGUCGGCGCAAUUUCAGAGAGGAACUCGCCGGACUUGUUCCCCGAGUCACCAGGAGCCUCUGGUUUGCCAGUGAAUACACCACAUGAGAGUGCAGCCUAUGCAGCCGUGUACAUUGGGAAAACAUACGUCGGAAGUGCUGGCCACGUCUUGGAGAUCGAAAGGGCCAUCCGAGACGUUGCCUUCAAGGACACGGACACACAUGUGAUACACCUUCUCAACCUGCCUGACAUCAUUUUCAGCUUUCUUGCAGAUUUUCUGUUGACCUGCAGUCCAGUGGAUUCUGCAACCCCACUGCUGCCUGAUGUCAAGUCACCCCUACCGGAACCAUCCGGUUAUGCCAAUACUCCUCCAGGCCGGUGCAGUCUGGUCUACCGGAAACUCUGCACCGCUUUUCGGAAUCCUGAUGGACCUGCUGGCCUCCUUGGACCAUGCUCUCUUAAGACAUCCUAG